AUGGAAGACAGUUUUGUUUGCGAUGUGUGGUGUAAUUAUGGUAACUGGAUUCAUACUCCUGGUUUUGGGGUUGAUAUUGAAAAUGAAGGGUUUACUAGUUGCAACAUAUGUUUGUUGGUGUUGCGUAACGUUUAUUGUGAUGAUAUACACAAUAUAUUAUCUGAACAGACACCGCGAAGAAGAACACUUGUCUACACUCUACAGUUUAUUCUUAGUGAUUUACGAAUAUUUCAUACUUGUCAUCAAUUUACAAUUAUCCUUAAAUGCAAUCAUCGAUUGUCAUUCAAAAAAUGA